AUGGAUUCUAUGCUAGUUGAUUUAGCUGGUGAGCACCCACCAUUAAUAAAUGCUUUUUCCUGCAUGAAAGCUGGCCUUAAGAAUUGUGAUGCCAAUGGGAAUGCUGGCCCAAUUCGAGAACGAGUAAAGAAACUUGUUGAUGACUAUAAUGAAGCAUUGCAAGAAAAGUAUCCAGAGACUGGCAAGAGCAACCUUUUGAUGGCAAGUGGAACAAGGCCAGCAACCUCAAGGGCUUUUCAAACCCUGUUGGCAAGAUAUGAGGAAUCAGUUGCCAACGUUGGUCGCUUAACUGAUCAAAACAAUGCCUUGGUUCAACAGAAUGCUGCAUUGACUCGAGAUGUGAAGCGUAAUGGUCGUGUACUUGAGCUCAUUCUUAACAAAGUACAAAUAGAGAUACCACCAGACCUGCUUCAGGUAGAAGAAAAUGACAUGGGAGGGACUAUAGAUGGAUCAUCUCGUGCUUCAGCCAACCUGGACAUGGACAACAGUGAUGGCCAUUGA